AUGGCUUCGACAGAAACUGCGCCCGCACGCGCCCAAAACUUGUCUACACUCCUUGAGAGUCUUACAUCAUGUCUGAACAGCGCCGCCUCCUCCCUACCUGCAUCUAGCAAGGAUGCCUCUUCAAGUGCUUCGAUUGAGCCUCCGAAAGACGGUAUCUCCCUUCUCGAUACGAAAAGCGAAAUUCUUCUUUCAUACCUGCAAAAUCUUGUUUUCUUGAUCGUUUUCCAACUGCGAAAGGCCAACCAGAGUUCUGACGAUGAGGAGACAAACGAUAAUUCCUUCCGCGAUGAAGCCGUGAAAAAGUUAACUGAGCUUCGAGUCUUCCUGGAUCGCGGUGUCCGUCCAUUGGAAGGAAGACUUAAAUAUCAAAUCGACAAAGUCGUCAAGGCGGCAGGAGAUGCUGAGCUUGUAGAGCGUCCGGCUAAGAAAUCGAUCAAGAAGAAUGCUGGUGCCGAAGGCUCAGAUGAGGGAGAUAGUGACGAGGACGAUAUGGAUGAGAUGGCAUACCGACCCAAUGUCGCAGCAUUUUCAAAGGCCAAGGCGGAGGAGGCACAGCCGCGCGCGAAAUUCGAUCCUGAGACACCAAACGACGGGAUCUACCGACCACCUAGAAUCAUGCCCACUGCUCUUCCUACGAGAGAAAAGAGCGACCGUGAAGACCGCCGACCGCGUCGAUCCAACGUCAUUGACGAAUUCGUCAGCGCUGAGAUGUCCUCCGCACCUAUGGCUGAGCCCAGUAUCGGUAGCACAAUUAUCGCUGGCGGCAGACAGACCAAGUCUAAGAAGGACCGGGAGUAUGAAGCCGAACGAACGACGUACGAGGAAAACAACUUCGUUCGCCUACCCAAAGAGACUAAGAAGGCCAUGGCGAAGCGACUGGGUGGUGGCCGGGGAGAGUCUACAUUUGGAGGUGACGAGUGGAAGGGACUCACUGAGGGAGCCGAUCGCAUCGAGCGUCUUACUCGACGAGCCAAGAAUGGCAGCACUGCCUUGGAGAAGAGCCGAAAGAGAAAGGCAAACGAAGGUCAACGCGGUGACGGUGUGGGAGUUGGCGAAAUCUUCGAUAAGCGGAGAAAGAAGAUCGAUAGCUGGAAGCAUUAG